CAAUUCUGUGCGUUGUGUUCUUCCUCGCGUGCUCUACUCACCUCGCACAAAGAUUACAUCGCCGUCUGUCGGGAAAAUAAAAACAGGGAUCGACUGAACACAGUGAUUAGCAGGACGCGGGGUGGAAUACUGUUCUCGUGGAUAUUUUUUGAUUUAACUUCGAUGCUGAAAGAAAAACAAAAAGUGCUACUGGCAAAAAGGAAAGGCCCACACAUUACCAUGAGAAAAAUAACAUUCACAUGUGUUCAGAAUAAUUUUUUUUCCUGUUCUCGGAUAGUAUACGUCGUCUGCUUGUUUCUGGUGUUGCUAUUGAUUGCAUUCACCCCACUUCUGAGGAAUACUGUACUACGACCAGUCUGGCCUGACGCUUGGAGAGAAUUGAGCACUUUCGAUGUCAUCGAGCUUCGAUUUUUCACCGCGAACGAGAUGGGAGUUGAACCUGUGACCUCUUGCCCGAUGAAAACACAACCCGCGGUUCAACUGUCGGAGAUGGAUACAAGAAACGUUAAAAGUUACAACGAUGUCAAAGCGUCCAACUUGCGAAGUUCUGACCAUUUCCGGUUUCUUCCUGCUUUGAGCUUCAAGGAUAAGUUGAGAAUGCUUCAUACGUAUCUAGUGUUAGCAGAGGCACUGCGGAAUAUGAGAGUGGAAUUCUUUUUCGUGGAUGGCUCAUUGCUGGGUGUGCAUCGUCAUCAAGGCAUCAUUCCCUGGGAUGACGACCUUGACAUCUCCGUCAACGUCACGGACUGGAAACUCGUCCGUCACGCUCUGUCAUGCAUCGAUGGUUACAUCCUCUCCGUGACGACCUACAUGCACUGGAAGUUCUACCCCAACUCCACCGACCCUCGGCUCGGAUUUCCUUUCGUGGACAUCUUCUUCUACACAGAGAACGAGAACUUCAUCUGGGCCGUCUCGAGUUCCACCUCUCUCUACCUGGUCUUCGCCAAAGCCGACACGUUCCCUCUGACCACGGGUCAGUUUGAAGGCUUGUCCGUCCCGAUUCCCAAAAACACGGAUAAAAUCCUAAAAAACCGAUUGGAUCAUGGGAUAUGUCAGUCAAGUGCAAUGAACCAUAAAACAGACUUUGUGCUGCCUUGGUCGUCGGUUUUAGAUGUUCAGUGCUCAUCUUUAAGUUAUUUAUACACUAUGUACAACUUGGAUUAGAACUCGCAUCUUCCAUCGAUUGUUUAUUUUUGUUUAAAACCUCCGAGUAAAAAUGAACGUUAUCUUCCCAAUGAGAUACCUUCACGAUGAAGAUAUGUCUGUUGUGUUGUUGAAGAAGUAACUCUAUAAGUUGAUAGCUGCUUGAUAUUAUUACUUUUAGUGAAAGAAAAGUAACAUCCCGCGCAUAGCAUAAUAGUAACUAUAC